AUGUUGUCGUUGCUAAUCCCUGGACCAAAGUCACCAGGAAAUGAUAUAGACAUUUACUUGCAACCUUUAAUCGAGGAGUUGAAGGAGUUGUGGGAGGUCGGGGUGGAAACAUAUGAUGCAUCAAAAAAUGAAACCUUCCAAAUGUAUGCAGCUCUCAUGUGGACAAUAAGUGAUUUUCCGGCUUAUGUAAUGCUAUCUGGUUGGAGUACAAAAGGGAAGCUAGCUUGUCCUUGUUGUAACCAUGGGACUUGUUCUAACUAUCUUAAAUAUAGUCGCAAAACAUGCUACAUGGGUCAUCGUGCCUUUUUGCCUGAGGAUCAUCCAUGGAGAGCUAACAAGAGAUCUUUCAAUGGAAAAGUAGAACAUAGGCAAGCUCCACCAUUAUUGUCGGGUACUGAAGCUUUAAGUCAGUUGGAGUAUGUGGAUAAUUCGUUUGGGAAGCUAAAACCAAAGAAAGAUGGUCCAUGGAAGAAGAGGUCAAUAUUCUUUGAUUUACCUUAUUGGCAGUAUAACACAUCACGACACAAUUUAGAUGUGAUGCACAUAGAAAAGAACAUAGUUGAUAGUAUUCUUGGAACUCUCUUGGAUAUUUCUGGCAAGACAAAAGAUCACACAAAUGCUCGAUAUGACUUGCAAGAAAUGGGCAUUCGAAAGAACCUUCACCCCAAGAAAACAAAUGGUAGGAAAAAGGUUAAGCUGGCAAAGGCAUGCUACUCAAUGACCAAUGCUGAAAAGUCGAUUUUUUGUGACGUCUUGAAGACAGCAAAGUUGCCAGAUGGCUCUGCUUCAAAUAUUUCUCGGUGUGUGAACCUUUUGGAGAGAAGAAUAUCUGGUUAUAAGACUCAUGAUGCUCAUUUCAUUCUUCACUAUUUGUUACAAAUUCCUAUUAAAGGAAUACUUUCAGAUCAAGUUGCAGUUCCUUUGAUUCGACUUAGCUCAUUUUUCCGUCAAUUGUGUCAAAAGUCUAUCACAUUACAAGAGAUAGAUCAAUUAGAAGAGGAUAUUGUCACAACAUUAUGCCAAUUAGAGAGGAUCUUUCCUCCUUCUUUCUUCGAUAUAAUGAUUCAUUUGCCUAUUCAUUUGGCUAAUGAAGUGAGAUUGGGAGGUCCAGUUCAAUUUCGGUGGAUGUAUCCUCCCGAAAGAUACAUGUGUACUUUGAAGUCCUAUGUUCGAAACAGAAGUCGUCCUGAAGGAUCUAUUGCAGAGGCAUAUUUGGUUGAAGAAUGUUUGACAUUUUGCUCGCGUUACUUACAUUCUGGUGUCCAAACAAAAUUGAAUAGACAACCCAGAAAUAAUGAUGAACCUAAUAAUUCUAUGAUGGAAACUACAGAUGCAUUUUUGAAUCUAUUUCCAAAAAGAGGUGUUCCUUUGGGUGCAAAGAAAGGUGAACCUUUUCUCCUUGACGACAAGUCUCGAGAGCAAGUUCAUAGCUACAUAUUAUUGAAUUGUCACAAAAUAGACGACUAUGUUAGUGAGCAUGAGACUUAUCAACAAGGAACACGAUGGAUGAGAGCUAAAAACCAUAGCAAAAACUUUCCUACAUGGUUUAAAACACGUGCUUUGCGGCAUGAUGUUCCAAAUUGGAUAAAAGAGCUAUUUAGAGGACAAACCCAAUGUGCAAAAAGAUAUUCUGGUUAUUUUAUCAACGGUUAUAGAUUUCACACUAGGCAACGUGAGGUAAGACGCAAGACACAAAAUAGUGGUGUUACUUUAGUAGCAUUAACGACAAGCUUUGCAAGCACAAAGGAUGCAAAUCCAAUUCAUGAAAAUGUUUCUUAUUAUGGUAGAGUGAAUGAUAUCAUUGAGUUGGACUACUAUGGAAAUUUUAAGGUUACAUUGUUCAAAUGUGAUUGGUAUGAGGCUAGGGAGGAUGCUUAUGGCUCGACAUAUGUGCAUUUUAACAAAAAGUGCUAUCAGGAAGAGCCUUUUGUAUUGGCAUGUCAAGUGCACCAAUGCUUCUAUGUGCAAGAUGCAUUUGAUAAAAAUAAACAUUAUGUAAUGAAGACUGUUCCAAGGGACCUAUUUAGCAUAAGUGAUCAAGUUGCCAUUGAUGUUGAAGAUACUUAUGAAAAUGAGCCAUUUGAUAAUUCGACGGUUCCUUCUAUACCUAAUGAUGAUGGUGAAGUAGACUUGGUAAGGAAUGAUUUGAAUGAAGUUCUGGUCGAUGUUGCAAAAGAAGUCUAUUUUUUCCAAGAGUAUAACACAGGAUUGGAUAAAGAAUAUGAUUCCGAAGACUUUUGA